CGUUGUUUGUAAACAUUCACAAAAAUGUAAACAAAAAGAUGCGGCCUUAUAUGCACACCAAAAAUUGCAGCAACUUUCCUCAAAAUAAAUAAAUAAAAAAAAAUUUCUGGAGAGAGAGCAGAGAUGAGAUUUAUGAAGUUUGAUUUGAAGAGAUUGAUUUCCAUAGUUCAAGAUUAGUGAAAGUAACGAUAUAAUGCCAAAAGCUCCAAAGAAGAAGUUCUCUACAGCUUCUGAUCCAACUGGUUCGAAAGUUGCAGCAGAAAAGCAUUUGAACUCAGUGUUUAAAUUCAAUACCAAUUUAGGUCAACAUAUUUUGAAGAAUCCUUUAGUGGCCCAAGGGAUUGUUGAUAAGGCUAAUAUAAAACCAAGUGAUAUUGUUUUGGAAGUUGGUCCUGGUACUGGUAACUUAACUGUUCGUAUCUUAGAACAAGCCAAGAAAGUUGUGGCUGUUGAAAUGGAUCCUAGAAUGGCGGCUGAAUUAACCAAGAGAGUUCAUGGUACUCCUCAACAAAAGAAAUUAGAUAUCUUAUUAGGAGAUUUCAUGAAAACUGAAUUACCUUAUUUCGAUGUUUGUAUUUCAAAUACUCCUUAUCAAAUUUCAUCUCCAUUAGUGUUUAAAUUAUUAAAUCAACCAAGACCUCCAAGAGUUUCUAUUUUAAUGUUCCAAAGAGAAUUUGCAUUAAGAUUGUUAGCCAGACCUGGUGAUUCCUUAUACUGUAGAUUAUCUGCUAACGUGCAGAUGUGGGCUAAUGUUACUCAUAUCAUGAAGGUUGGUAAGAACAAUUUCCGUCCUCCUCCUCAAGUUGAAUCAUCAGUGGUUAGAAUAGAAAUCAAAACCCCAAGACCAAAUAUUGACUUUAAUGAAUGGGAUGGUUUAUUACGUAUUGUUUUCGUUAGAAAGAAUAAGACCAUCGCUGCUGGUUUCAAAUCAAAUAAUGUUAUUGAAAUCUUAGAAAAGAAUUAUAAAACCUUUUUAGCUACUCAAAAUAGUGAUAAUAAUAAUGAUUCAAUGGCCAUUGAUAGUCAAAGUGAAUAUACUGAAAUUGUCAAGAAAAAGAUUGAUCAAGUAUUAACUCAAACUGAAUUUUCAGAUAAGAGAGCUUCUAAAUUAGAUCAAACUGAUUUCUUGAAAUUAUUAUACGCAUUUCAUCAAGUUGGUAUUCAUUUUGCAUAAUUUUCUUUCCCUACCGGUUCAUUCAUAUCAUUCAUUCAUUUCAUAUAAUAUCUCUGUAAAUUAGGUCAUGUAAUAUAAUUAUUUAGAUAAAUAUUUAUAAAUUAAUAAAAAAGUUUAUGUACAUCUAUAAUCUAACGUCUUUUAGUAACUUUGGAAGUAUCUUUUUCAAUGAUAUCUCCAACACCACCUAAAUCUUCUAAUCUAUCUUCUUCUAUAGCAACUUGUUCUCUUCUUUCCCAGAAUCUUUCUUCACAUAAAUCAAAGGCU